AUGAACACUUCUGAAGUUUCACUUGUACACCUCGAAUUCAUUGUCCACGGUGCCAUUACCAUUAUUUUAACAAUACGGAUUAUCAUCUGGGCACCUGUGGAAUAUUUCCAAGCGCCGACGAGUGCUAAGACCACGUUUGGGCGAAACGCGCUUUUGAGUGUGAUUAUUAGAGUAAGUAAGCUCGUUUUUGGCGGCGCAGUCGAAUCCGGCUCCCAGCUCAGCCAAGAGCUUGACCACCACCGGAUCGUCAUCGCACUUCAUGGCGUAGUAGGGCUUUGUCCUGGGCAGGAGCUUCGCCAAAGACGAUACUUCCUCUCCACACUGGACAGAUCGCAGAUGUUGAGGGCCUGGUCCAGGCUUUGUAGAUCUGAAUGCUCGAUCAGCCGGCGGAUACUCAGCUCGUUAUGGAAGUACUGAAUUUCUGAUGUACCACCGCUCGCCAUCUCGCACUGCUCGCAACUGAAUGGGGCGCCGGUCAGUCCCAUAAUACAAUUGCUAUCAGUGCCCGAAUCGCAAAAGACUGGCGAAUUUCCUCCGAAAACGUUCCUCAACUGGGAACAAUGCGUCCCCAUUAGCGGCAAAAGGUCAAGCGAUUGCGAUGGCCGUUAGUCGCCCCUUCUCCCCCAAAUGGGCGUUUGCCCGAAUGCGAAAUGUACAAUCAAUAUUUGGCAUCGUAACUAAUUUUAAUGCCCUCGCGCGGCUGCACAGGCAUGUAAAGUGAAUAAAAUGUAAAUUUUCCAGAGCAAAUUCUCUAGCUAUCAAUCCAACUAUUGUAAUCGAUAUUGGCAGAUUCAGAUUAUCAGUACCGACACGAUUUAAAAGCUAACCCGAGAGCGCACUUUAAGUAAUGUGACGGAAUCGGAACCCCAAAUACUUUCACGCUGAAUUGUAAAUCUGGUUUCGUUUUUUUUACAGAUAAAAACAUUUAAAUCAUUCGCUUCGAUUGCUGGAAAUUUACUUGAAAAUGUCAUUAAUCCGGUCGUCAGUCCCAGGAGUUCCCAUAGAAUUUGAUGUUAAAUUCAGUUCCAUUUCAAUUGCAUUGGCCCAUGGCGAAAAUUUAAAUUUUGUAUCAUACUUUGUAUAGCUAAGCACUUUACAGAUUAAUUUUCUUUUUAGCAUAUAUUUGCGUAAAGUUUUGUAAUACAGCUUUAUAAUAGCCUUUCAGAUAACCUAAAAUAUUUUAGAACUCGUAGAGAUUCGUUGAGAAGUAUGUAAGAGGUAGAAGACAGUGUUUCCGACCACAUACAGAAUGUAAUUCUUUAUAAGGAUUACUGGCCGAGUCGAUCUAGAUGUGUCCGUCAGCCCGUAUGAACGCUGAGAUCUCGGAAACUAUAGGAUCUAAAAUUUUGAGAUUUGAUUUGACACGAUUUAUUAAAAUUGUACAGCUAAGCACAAAUAUACUGAUUUACAGCGUGCCGAACGUAAAUAAAUUUGGUAGGUAUAUCGUUUUUCCAUUUUACCUCGUUAAGAUGUGCUUUUGCUUAACAUCAGACGUUUUUUUUUUUUAAUUAACACAACAGCCAUAUUUUAGGACAAAAAAAAUAGCAAAAAUCGGAACAAGAAAACGUUUGCCCGUAAUGGUUUUAAAACAAAUAAUUUUAGAGAAACGUAAGCAGUAUCAAAAUACCUUUUUUAAUGACAUGUAACAAUAUUACGUUGUCUUAGUAGUUCACAUGUUACCAGUGUUAAGCUGUUUAACGCCGUCUAAAAUUUCCAGUACCUUCAAAUAGACUUUGGAACUGA